AUGCCAAUGGACUCCUGCGCUGCAUCAAGUGCUUCAUGCUCGAAGAACUCCCACAGAGCAACUGGGUCUGUCAAGUUUUCAGAUCCAAAUAUAACUAAAAUUAAUCUUAAAGAGGAACAGCAAAACUGCCUAAGUCUAAAAACCAUAAGGGAGAAAGUUAAAAGCGGCGAAAACGUAAAUGUAAAAUCUAGAACUGUAAAAUAUGAGAUUGUCAAUGAUCUCGUCUACAGGGUGUGUUUAAAAAGCAAACAUGAACAUGAAAUUGGGAGUAAGCAACUGGUGAUUCCCGAGAAGUAUCGGAUUCACGUACUGAACCUCGCUCACGAUUCGCUUACAGCAGGUCAUUUCUCACACCGAAAGACAAGUUACAAAGUAUUUUCAAAGUUCUUUUGGCCCGGUGCAGGUGCUCAGAUUAAAAGGUAUUGUCGAUCGUGUCCGACCUGUCAGAAAUUUUCAUCUAAAGGAAGUGUGAGAAGAGUACUGAUGAAAAACCUCCCCAUAAUUUCAGAGCCAUUCUCAAGUGUAGCUAUAGACUUAGUGGGUCCUUUUAAACCAGCUUCUGUGAGAGGAAAUAAGUAUAUUCUCACUCUAAUAGACUAUGCAACUAGGUACCCCGAAGCUGUUGCCUUACAAAAUAUUGACACGAUCACAGUGGCUGAAAGUUUGGUAGAAAUCUUCUCGCGAGUCGGUAUACCGAGGGAAAUAUUAUCAGAUCGAGGGUCUCAAUUUAAGUCAGAUCUAAUGGGUGAAAUCCAUAGAUUACUCUCUGUAAAAGCCUUGUACACGAGUCCCUACCAUGCUUCGUGUAACGGUGCAGUUGAAAGGUUAAAAGGGGUGUUAAAAUCCAUGAUUAAAAAGCUUUGUGCCGAUCAUCCGAGAGACUGGGAUCGCUUUAUACCUGCUGCCCUUUUCGCAUAUAGAGAGAUUCCUAAUGACAGCCUUAAGUUUUCACCUUUUGAAUUAUUGUAUGGUCGACAAGUACGCGGUCCUUUGACAAUUCUGCACGAGCUAUGGACGAACGAUAGUAUUGACAGUGAGGUUAAAACUACGUAUCAAUACGUGUUGGAUCUUCGCUCGCGUUUGGAAGAAACUGCUAAAUUAGCGGCAGAGCAAGCAGAAAUAAGUAGCCGCAACUAUAAGACGUACUAUGACCUCAAAGCUAAACCUCGUAAAUUAGACAUGGGUGAUGACGUACUGGUGUUAUUGCCUUCUAGCAGUAACAAAUUAAUUAUGCAAUGGCUUGGUCCUUAUCCAGUUGUUGAAUGCAAAGGUAAUGGUGUCGACUAUGUAAUUAGAAUUCGCGGUAAGAAUAGGCUAUUUCACAUAAACAUGUUAAAGAAGUACUUUCGUCGUGAUGGUUUUAAAAGAAAGGAGGAAACUGUUCAAAUUUGUGUGGUUGAAGAUGAUGAUAAUUGUGGCAAUAACUGUGAACCUGUUUAUUUUGAUACUAAUAGUGACUGCAAUAUCAAUAUAGGCAAUGAUUUAUCUGAAAGUCAGAUUGAUGAUUUAAGGGUAAUAGUAAAUGAGUUCUCUGACGUAUUGACUGAUAAACCUGGCUUAACUAACACUAUUGAACAUGUGAUUCGUGUGAACUCCAAUAAACCUGUGCGCCAGAAACCGUACCCUAUUCCAAACAGUCUGUUAAAAGAAUUUAAUAAGGAUGUGGAUAAAAUGUUGGAAAUGAAUAUUAUUGAACCUUCAACCUCUCCGUACUGUUCACCUGUUGUCAUGGUGAAGAAGAGUGAUGGAACUUGGAGAGUGUGCAUAGAUUAUAGAAGAUUAAAUGAUACUAGUGAAUUUGAUGCAGAGCCUAUGCCAACUACUGACUCAGCUUUGGGAAAUUUUGUAAAUGAUGUAUAUUUCAGUGAAAUCGAUCUUUGCCGUGGAUACUGGCAAAUACCAUUAUCUAAAGUAUCAAAAAUAUACACUGCAUUUGCAACUCAUAGAGGUCUUAUGAUGUUCAAAGUAAUGCCUUUUGGUCUUAAAACAGCAUGUGCCACCUUCAUUAGGCUCAUGAGAAAAGUGUUGUUUGGUCUUGCAAAUACUGACUGCUACUUUGAUAACAUUGUUGUACAUAAUGCUAACUGGUCUGAUCACCUACAGGACUUGAAACAUCUUCUGUUGAGAGUGCGCAUGCAUGGUUUGACUGCCAGCGUCAGUUAUUACCGUAAGUUUGUUCAGAAUUUUGCUAAUAUUGCUGCACCCUUGAAUGAUCUGCUAAAGAAGCAUAGCAGUAAUAAAUUACAAUGGAGUGAUGAUAAGAUUGAUAGCUUCAAUAAGUUAAAAGAUACAUUAGUAUCAAAACCAAUUUUAUGUUUACCUGAUGACUCAAAAAUCUUUUAUCUAAGAACUGAUGCUUCCGAUCUAGGACUUGGAGCUGUAUUACUACAGGAUGUAAAUAGAGUAAAGAUGCCAAUUGCAUAUGCUAGCAGGAAACUGCUAGACAGGGAGAAUAAUUAUGCUACUAUUGAGAAGGAGUGUCUAAGUAUUGUAUGGGCCAUUCAUAAGUUCAAAAUAUAUUUGUAUGGAAAGGAAUUCAUCAUCCAAACCGAUCAAAGGCCUCUUGUUUAUUUGAGAAACAUGAAAAAUACUAACGGCAGUUUGAUGCGUUGGGCACUCGCACUCCAGUGUUAUUCAUACAGUAUUGAGUACAUAAAGGGUAAUGAAAAUGUUGGAGCUGAUAUACUCAGCCGAUGUCCUCUGAAUGAAUGA